AUGUGGAGUCUUACUGACCAACUGAUAAUUCUUUAUGGAAUAUUCGGCACCCCAUUCUUCAUCACCUCCUCCUUUUUCAUUCUCAUCGGCUACACGGUUUUAUGGUUUCGUAAACGACAAAGCCUCACAAAUGCAAUCUCAAUUUUCGAGGUUCCUCUAAUCGUGUCCUGUGUAGCAGUUUUAUUUUCGAUCUCUCAUUGGGGACUGCAUAUGCUCAGUCGAUCGAUUGAUGUGAAUCCCGGAGAGGGACCAAUGUUCUAUGUGUUGACUGGAAUAUUCUUUAUUAGCACUGCAAUGCUGACCGUGGCAAACAAUUUGCUCCUGCCUCUACUGUUCAUCUAUGCUAUCUCGUUUUACAUCAAGAAUACCAGAUUCCGCCUGAUUAUGUUCAUCAUUGCCAUCCUCUACACCAACACCAAGUACCUCAUUUUCCUCCGCAUUUUACCAAAUUUCAUCCAAUUCAACUUCACUUCUUUCGUCAGCCUUCACAGAUGCCUUGCGGUCAAUGUUAUCGAUUUGGUUAUGCUUCUCCUAACCCUAAUUAUCAUUUUUGUCUACCUCCAACUCUCCACCGGACCAUUAACUUUUGAGCAAUCAGUGGUGAUUUUUGAAACGGUUUGCUUGACAAUAUUAAAAAUAGCUGGAUUGAUAAUGGAUAUGAUCUCUAUUGGAAUGUUUCGAAAAAUGCACGAACACCAUUUUCUGAUUACCGGAGUGAAUACGGAGACGAUGCUCAGGAAGAACUACGAAUUCACUCAGAUGAUCAUUCCUUAUCUUUUUAUUAUUUGUGGUUUCUUCAUCAAGCUGGAGGAGGUUAGAAAGAAAGCGGCCGUAUCGUUUACAAAAACUGGAGAUAAUGGAAAUGUGGGAUGUAUGAAAAACGGAAAGACCAACAAUACCAGCAAUUCCGAUGGUGCUCCGAUUGGAGCUGCACCAGUAGCUGACCCAAAAGUUUGA